AUGAGCUUCGUUGGGCUUCUGGAUAGGGAAGCGGCGGCUUCGAAACACGAUCAGAGAGUCACGGAGAAAGAGGUCCAGCAAUGGUACAAAGGCUUUAUUAAGGACUGCCCAAGUGGACAGUUGGACGCAGCCGGAUUUCAGAAAAUCUACAAGCAAUUUUUCCCGUUUGGUGACCCAACCAAGUUUGCAACGUUUGUUUUUAAUGUCUUUGAUGAAAACAAAGGUAACACGGUGGAGCUGCCAGAAGAGGAGAACACCCCGGAGAAGAGGGUGGACCGGAUUUUUGCCAUGAUGGACAAAAAUGCCGAUGGGAAAUUAACGUUGCAGGAGUUCCAGGAGGGUUCGAAAGCGGACCCUUCCAUCGUCCAGGCCCUUUCCCUUUAUGAUGGACUGGUAUAGUCCCA